AUGGAAGGCUCGUCUGAGGACGACCUAGAGAGAACCCGAGCUCCGCCCACCGUCCCACUCUCCUUCAGUGACCACCCCGAGCUUCGCCCACGCCCUACUCUCCUUCAGUCAACCCCCCCAAUCACCACCCCGAGUAUCACCCACCAUUCCACUCUCUUUCAGUCACCACCCCGAGCUCUGCCCACUGUCCCACUCUCCUUCAGUGACCACCCCGAGCUCCACUCACGCCCUACUCUCCUUCAGUCACCACCCCGAGUAUCACCCACCAUUCCACUCUCUUUCAGUCAACACCCCGAGCUCUGCCCACCGUCCCACUCUCCUUCAGUGACCACCCCGAGCUCCACCCACGCCCUACUCUCCUUCAGUCACCACCCCGAGUAUCACCCACCAUCCCACUCUCUUUCAGUCACCACCCCGAGCUCUGCCCACCCUCCCACUCUCCUUCAGUCACCACCCCGAACUCCGCCCACCCUCCCACUCUCAUUCAGGCACCACCCCGAGCACCGCCCACCGUCCCACUCUCCUUCAGUCACCACCCGAGCUCCGCCCACCGUCCCACUCUCAUUCAGGCACAACCCCGAGCACCGCCCACCGUCCCACUCUCCUUCAGUCACCACCCGAGCACCGCCCACCGUCCCACUCUCUUUCAGUCACCACCCGAGCUCCGCCCACCGUCCCACUUUCCUUGAGACACCACCCGAGAACCAUUCAACUCUCCUUCAGUCACCACCCGAGCUCCGCCCACCAUCCCACUCUCCUUCAGUCACCACCCAAGCUCCACCCACUGUCCCACUCUCUUUCAUUCACAACCCGAGCUCCGCCCAUGCCCUACUCUCCUUCAGUGACCACCCCGAGCUCCACCCACGCCCUACUCUCUUUCAGUCACCACCCCGAGUAUCACCCACCAUCCCACUCUCUUUCAGUCACCACCCCGAGCUCUGCCCACCGUCCCACUCUCCUUCAGUCACCACCCCGAGCUCACCCACCGUCCCACUCUCAUUCAGGCACCACCCCGAGCACUGCCCACCGUCCCACUCUCAUUCAGGCACAACCCCGAGCACCGCCCACUGUCCCACUCUCCUUCAGUCACCACCCGAGCACCGCCCACCGUGCCCCUCUCCUUCAGUCACCACUCGAGCACCGCCCACCGUCCCACUCUCUUUCAGUCACCACCUGAGCUCCGCCCACUGUCCCACUCUCUUUCAGUCACCACCCCGAGCUCCGCCCACCGUCCCACUCUCCUUCAGUCACCACCCAAGCUCCGCCCACCAUCCCACUCUCUUUCAGUCACCACCCAAGCUCCGCCCACCCUCCCACUCUCUUUCAGGCACCACCCCGAGCACUGCCCACCGUCCCACUCUCCUUCAGUCACCACCCGAGCUCUGCCCACCGUCCCACUCUCAUUCAGUCACCACCCAAGCUCCGCCCACCGUCCCACUCUCCUUCAGUCACCACCGGAGCUCUGCCCACCGUCCCACUCUCAUUCAGGCACAACCUGAGCUCCGCCCACUGUCCCACUCUCUUUCAGUCACCACCCGAGCUCCGCCCACCGUCCCACUCUCCUUGAGACACCACCCGAGAACCAUUCAACUUUCCUUCAGUCACCACCCUGAGCUCCGCCCACCGUCCCACUCUCCUUCAGUCACCACCCAAGCUCUGCCCACUGUGCCCCUCUCCUUCAGUCACCACUCGAGCACCGCCGACCUCACCACCCAAGCUCUGCCCACUGUGCCCCUCUCCUUCAGUCACCACUCGAGCACCGCCCACCCUCCCACUCUCUUUCAGGCACCACCCCGAGCACUGCCCACCGUCCCACUCUCCUUCAGUCACCACCCAAGCUCCGCCCACCGUCCCACUCUCUUUCAGUCACCACCCGAGCUCCGCCCACCAUCCCACUCUCCUUCAGUCACCAGCCUGAGCACCGCCCACCGUCCCACUCUCCUUCAGUCACCACCCGGAGCACCGCCCACCGUCCCACUCUCCUUCAGUCACCAGCCUGAUCACCGCCCACCAUCCCACUCUCCUUCAGUCUCCACCCGAGCUCCGCCCACCGGCCCACUCUCCUUCAGUCACCACCCCGAGCACCACCCACCAUCCCACUCUCCUUCUGUCACCACCCGAGCUCCGCCCACCGUCCCACUCUCCUUCAGUCACCACCCCGAGUUCCGCCCACCGUCCCACUCUCCUUCAGUCUCCACCCCGAGCUCCGCCCACCGUCCCACUCUCCUUCAGUCACCACCCUGA